CGCUGAGGUAAGAAUCUGUUGUUGUUUUCUAGCAGAUUGAAACUCGUAAAUUUAAGAUUGACAAUGAUAUGUUUUGGAAAGAUGGCAAACCAUUCAGGAUUAUAGGUGGUGAUUUGCAUUACUUCCGGGUUCUUCCUGAGUACUGGGAAGACAGACUUUUGAGAGCAAAAGCACUGGGAUUGAAUACUAUCCAAACUUAUGUCCCUUGGAAUCUACAUGAACCAAAGCCAGGAAAAUUGGUCUUUGAGGGUGUUGCAGACCUAGUAGCCUUUCUCAAACUCUGCCAGAAGCUGGAUUUUGUAGUUAUGCUUCGCGCUGGGCCUUAUAUAUGUGGAGGACUUGGACUCGGGAAAGACGAUUGGCAAUGCUAGUAUGGAUUCGGGUCUUUAUCUACUGCAAGUUGACAACUAUUCUCUUAAUAGACAAACUCAUCAUGCA